GACAAACAUGUCCUGUCAGAUGAAAGAAUCACUGCUGCACUUUAAACUCUCAAUUUCACUUUUAAUUUCACACGAGGUCAUAAAACAUCGGUUUCGUUGUUGGGGCUUUUAUUUUUUAAAUCUGUAGCCGGAUGUUGCGUCAGCCUGUUCGAGAAGGCAGCUGUAAACAGAUGACUCACAACCUCGGUGUUUAACAAACAAACAACUAUAAAACAUACAUUUGUUGUCGCAUUAGGACACACACACACACACAUACAUGUAUAUAUACAGUAGAGUGAAAUCCUACCAUUCAGUAUAAACAUUCAUGACGUCGUAUGAAGGCGGAAUUCUUAAGUUAAUUAACGGUCAUGGCAGUUUCUCAGGUGUCUCCUGGUCUCUUCCUCACUGACCUGGACUCAGCGCUGAAUUGCAGUGUGUUGACCAGCAGGAGUGUUACCCUCAUUAUAAAUGUCAGUGGACUGGAGGACAUGUCUUACCCUCAGCUGGAUGGUCUUCAGGUCUUCCACAUCCCAAUCCAGGACCAGCCCCAUGCUCCCUUGAGACAUUACUUUGACCAUGUAACUGAACGGAUCAACCAGAACCAGACAGGGGCAACUCUGGUACACUGCAUUGCUGGACGAAGCCGGUCUGCUGCUCUGAUCAUGGCCCACCUGAUGAGGUCUGAAGGUCUCAGUCUGCGCCAGGCUCAUGAACGCGUUCUGGAGUGUCGACCCUUUAUCAGACCCAAUGCUGGUUUCUGGAGGCAGUUGAUAGACCACGAGACGGCACUGUUUGGCAGGAACACAGUGCAGAUGGUGAGGACACCCAGUGGCGUCCUGCCAGAGGCUCUUCCCGACUCGGAGGAUGCCAAUGCCAUGGCAAUGUACUGCGUCAAUAUUUGAAGAAGCUGCUGCUGCUUUCACUGUCUUUAAAGGGACAGUUUGUGAUUUCAAACCAUGGUUUUAUGAGGUACUGACAUUGUGAUCAUAUAUUGACUGUAGAGUUGCUGAUCUACUGCUGCAUUGUUUAGUAUUAUAAAUACUGCACAUCAAGUCACAAACCAACCAGGAUCAACAACUCCUAAGUCCAACUUGGUAGGUUUGUCACAGAGAUAAAUUUGAAUGAAAGAUGUCAAUUGGUAUGAUGGAUUUAGGAAAUUACAGUCAUAACUUCAUUCAAAACAAUGGAGGAAAUAACUUGAUUGUUUUACAGGUAGAAUCAAACCUCAGAAUUAACUCAAAUAUUUAACAUAUUGUGAGGAACUGUGUCAUAUCACAACAUGUGUAUUUAUUAUGUAAAAAAAGUAACAAAUCACUGAUUGAAUGAUAACAUUCAUGAAUAUACAGUAACUGUAUAACAUGUUCUAACAGAAGUAAAGCGGGAUCACUUUUGACUUAGAAAGGGGAACAUGAACAUUUAAACAAAACAGACAUGAAAACAUGAAACAGUAUCUAAGAAAAACAUCACAUCACUUCAGUCAACCCAUGAUCUGCUGGUGGUCAGAGCAGGAUAAGCUCAGAAAGUGGCCCUAGUCCCAGUUGUGUAUCUGGCUUUAGUCCAGGAUCUGGUUCUAGUUCCAGUCCUUGUCUAUGUACUGGAUCUGGUCCUGGUCUCAGUACUGGAAGCUUCUCUUGGUCUGGAUAUCAUCAAGGAUUUGCUGCAGCUCCUCAUCUUCAAACCGUCCUUCGAGACUGAAACCCAUCCAUUAACAGUCAAAGGUGAGUGAUGUCACUGUGGAUACUAAUUUAUCAACUGAUUGGUUUAGAUUCAGAUUUUCAUGUUGCAGUUGUCAGGACGAUUGUUGACUAAUCAUAAAAUGUUUUAUCCUGAGUCCCUUCCACUAGACGAUCACAGACACAUUAAAGCUUAAUAUGCAACAGAUGAUCUAAGAUAAACUCUGAAAGGUUCCUUUGACAUCAACACGUUUUAUUGUGUUUAUUGCUCCUUUAGACUAUUUUUAAGGUUUCUUUGCAGCAUAGGCAGUUGUUACCAGUGCUGCAAUAGCUACCAUAUCACUGAAUGGAAAUGUAUGCAUGCAGCUGUUUAGUUAAACAGCCAACAGGAGGCGCCCUCUCUCUGAACUGCCCUUUUAUUGGUCAAAGUCUCCAGUCACAAGCCAGAGUUCCUUAAGACUAGAAACAGACACGAGAGGCGGUGCAAAAGUCUAGAUUUCUUUCAGGAUACUUGUCAUGGAUGAUUAGGACUUUUGAUGACUCACCUGGGAAUCAGAGCUUUGGCUUCUUCAGCAGACUCAGGACAGAGAUUUGCCAAACUGGCCAACUCGAACUUAUGAAGCUUCUUCUGAAGGAGGAGACUGACAAUAGGAGGUAGAGUUACAUUAGUCCACACACUGUUAAGUCACUUAAUUGAAGAAUUUAGACUUGCUGAGUACCACUAGUAUCCCAUAAUGGCCUUGUUAUUUUAUUAUUAUUACUGUUAUUAACACUUCUUUUUAAUUUAUUCUAUUACACCUUAUUUAUUACCAUUUUCAACAUUACCUGUGUGCUUUUAAAUGUGAUAUUUUGUUUGUCUGAUGUCUGUUUUUGAGUGUUCUCAUUGUUAUGUUCUGUAUUUGAUAGUUCACUCAAAUUAUUUAGGAAUAAAAGGGAUUGCGACAGUUGUACAAUCAAUUGUGGGAUAUGUUGCGUUGGAUACACGUUAGAUACUUCUGCUGUAUCUUAAGGACUAUGAAUUAAACUGAAAUGUGUCAGUCUUCAUUGCUUUGCAUAUUUUGACAACAUUUGGCCAACGAACGCAGCUGAGAUAACCAGUUGAUAACAUGUGGCUGCCUGAUCAGUGCCAAUGUCGUGACAAAAAGCAAUUGUCCACCAGAAACUGAUAUUGGUCCACUGGAGAAUGCACAGCCUGUUAAAGCUGUAUCAUGGAAUUUAAUGAAUUAAUGUCUGAUAUCCUUGUUAAUGCAUAUGUUUGAAAACUAUCGUAAUUAAAUGAUUGUUUAUGGA